AUGUCAGAGACAAGCAAUCGUGCGCAAUUAUUUCUCCCCUACGUUCCCGAGAUGGUGGACAUGAUCUUAAGAUACCUUCCUGCGAAGGAGCUAAGAACAACAGCAAGAGUAUGCAGAAUGUGGAGGAACAUUUCCACGCGGAUUUUACAUUCGCGAACAACUUGGACCGUGCAUCACUUGGCGGACAAAUUGAUUACAGGAAGUGAAAUCGACGAUGUUUUUGAAAAUAUGUUCACGGAACCACGAAUGGUGAUUCAGUUGAGCCAUAGGGAAAUCUGGUUCACGCGAAGGGAGCCACGAAGGCGAAGGAACGAAGAGAGACAGCUUGUGCGCUCUGUUUUUAAUUUAUUUGCCAAACUUCCACCGGGAUGUGUCACGAUAGGUUGUACCACUGAACGUAUUGUAUUCCAACAGCCCACUGACGAGUUCACUCCCAACCUCAUCCAUCAUAUUAAGGCAGGACACGCAUUUAUAUGUGCGCCUCAUAUGCCUGGUGUUUGCUACCACCAUGUUUACCUCAGAACACCCAGGCCACCGCCAGCUAGUGACUGGUGCGAUAUGUUUGAUUUGCCCGCGCACACUCCAGUCAAGUUAGUCGUGCUGAUAGCGCUCUCGGCAAGUAGAGAUUUCAUACCGUUCCUAGCCUCAGGUACUUGGCUUAUUUAACUAAUCAUGGUUACUGCAAUGUAAGCUGCUAAGGGUAAACUUUGAUGUCUUCAAAUCAAACCGUAAGUAACACUAAAAUGUUUUUCAACUGCUAUUGUUUACUUCACAGGAAUCCGUGAAACUUAUGGAGAACAAGUCGUUGUUUUCGGUGGCGUUGGGCAUGACCGUUUGUUUAUAGAUGGUCUAGUAAAGAGAGCAAGAGUUGUGGCAAUAUUCAUUUCAGGCCAACCAUUUCGCGCACACGCUGGAUUAUUGAACAACGGUAAUGACGCUGACUUUUAUACACCGGCUCAUCAGCUGACAGAAGAAGCUAGAGGCGAAGGUUUUACGCCCAAAUUUUCACUUUUGUUCACAUCACGGUUUGUUCACAAAGGACAAGCUUUCUAUUCCAGCUCUCAAACAGCAUUCAGAGAAAGUUUCAGUACCAUUCCUAUGUUGGGUUUCUAUUCUUACGGCGAGUAUUGCUUAACUGGAAGAGACAAUGAAGUCACCAAAAUCAAUGACUUCAAAAGACAAAUGAGAUACAAUUCAGCUAUUUAUUGUGUGUGCUCGUACAAAAACGAGACACAAUAG